AUGGCGACUACCAUUAUUUCUUUCCUGCCGUAUCACGAGCCGGGUAUCGCGACUAUCCUCAUCCAAUCGUCACUAAUACUCAUCCUCAAUAUCGUCAACACCAUCUUCGACAAAUUGAUCUUUUGCGGUCUUCUCGGGCAGGUUUUUAUUGGUGUAGCAUGGGGGACGCCAGGAGCGAAAUGGCUCGGUCAGGAUACUGAGGAUGUAAUCGUCCAGCUUGGAUAUCUAGGCUUGAUCCUUUUAGUCUACGAAGGGGGGCUGGACACCAGUUUUCGUUCCCUGAAGGCGAAUCUCUUCCUUUCUGUUGCAGUAGCGAUAACUGGAAUCAGCUUCCCAAUGGCUCUUUCCUUCGUGCUGCAACCGCUCGUCAACGCAACAGCAUUGCAAGCUUUUGCAGCUGGAGCAGCGCUCUGCUCAACUAGUUUAGGAACCACUUUCACCAUUCUUAGUACCAGUGGGUUAUCGGCCACUCGGCUGGGCACAGUGCUAAGCAGUGCUGCAAUGAUGGAUGAUGUCGUUGGACUGGUCAUGGUUCAGGUGAUCUCUAAUCUUGGAGAGACUGCGGACUCAUUCAAUGCUAUUACGGUUGUUCGACCGCUUGCUGUGUCAGUUGGUCUAGCAAUUGCCGUCCCUCUGGUUUGUCGAUUAGUUGCGCAACCUCUGACCGUGCUUCUUAAUGCGGCCAGGAAAUCAAACCCAAAUGGUGCUGUGGACAAGUUGUGUGGAAUGACGUACACUGCAUUUAUCAUUCAUACGUUACUGCUGAUUGGACUUGUUACUGGUGCUACUUACGCUGGUACUUCUAAUCUCUUUGCUGCUUAUCUAGCUGGGGCUUCGAUCAGCUGGUGGGACAGCGAGGUUCCGCAUCCGGACGCAGAUAUAAAAAGCUGUUCACUUGAACCUUCAAGUUCACCAAUUGAGCAAGUAGGCUCUAGUCCAGAAGGCGAGGCGACGGAGGGCGAGGCAGUUCGCAAUGAGCACUCUAAAUCCACCGCAACGAGUGGCACUGCGGCAUCAAUUGGCUUCGCCAUUCCAAUCACGGACAUGUUUCGCGGUGAAAUUGUCUGGCGAGGCAUUGUCUACACAAUCCUCAUGCUCUUCGCGAAAAUAAUUACGGGCUUAUGGCUCCUCCGCCUGAACCUCCUUUUGCCAAAAGUCUAUGCCCCAAGGAGCGUGCACUCUAUCAUAACCGCACCAGCUUCAUGCUUUAGCUGGGUGUGUGGAAAGCCCAAGAACGAGGCGAAAGAGACCGCUAGGACUACGGAUACUCACGAACUACAAACCCAGGGAGGGAAAGGUGUGAGGGCCAAUGCUGGAGAGUCGACACCACAGCCUCCCGCAGGAGAAAGUCCCGCCUCCAGCAAUUCCCAGCCUUCUCCAACUUCGGUCACUGCCCCAUCCUCGCCUCCCAUAAUCAACAAGCCCCUCUCCCUCUACCCAGCAGCAAUGCUCGGCACAGCCAUGACCGCGCGUGGCGAAAUUGGCUUCCUAAUCGCUUCUCUAGCCGAAACAACCGGUCUCUUUAAGUCCUCUUCCAUGCCAAGUACUGGCAGCUCGGAAGUCUAUUUGGUGGUUACUUGGGCUAUUGUCUUGUGUACUAUCAUUGGACCGCUGGGUGUGGGAACGCUGGUUAAGAGGGUUAGGAGACUUCAGAGUGAGAGGGAGAAGAACCCUGGGGUGGGCGGUCCGUUGGGGAUUUGGGGUGUUAGUUAA